UGCUCUCCCAGCGGCUGAGCACCCCCAAGCUGAAUAUAGUCCGACUCCUUUGACAACCGCAGCCAUGGGCAAUGCUCCCUUACGUCCUCAUUCUCGCGGCCAGGCUACAGCAUAAGCUUCUCCAGUCUCCGCGCCAGACCUACGUCUGCGACGACGAUGGGGGAUAGAUUGGCGUCCAAGUUUGUCUUGGAGCGCCCAGUACAGGUGCCCAAGCAGCCCCUCCCGUAGUUUCGCCCGUCCUGCACUGGUUUGACUCGUCUCACUUGCAUAUUAUCAAAGUGUCCCCUCUACUUUGUUCCUCUGUGUCUUUUUUCCUUCUUCUUCUUCUUCUUCUCUCCCCUCUUGCGUGAUGACUUCUUUGCAUCCGCACGACAAUUUCUACCUCAACGGGGGUAGCCACACCAGUGACUCGCCACCGCUCGAGACCGACAAGAUGCUCAAGAACACCAAUGGUGCGUCCGGCCCCGAGGCCGACGCCGUCCCUGACGGGUUGGAAGUGAACACUGGCGUCGACUACAGUACGGCGCCGCAGGCGUACCAGCCUGCGCCUACGCCACAGCAGCCAUACAAUGGCUAUGACCAACAUUACCAUGCACACACGCCUCAGACGAAUCAGACUGAAAUGACAUACACUGAUAACAACCACUACAACCGCUACAACCACGACUCGUUGACGCCCAAGAAAAGACGCACCGAGGACGGCACGAUAUGUGGCCUGCGAAAGCCGACGUUCUGGCUCAUUGUUCUGUCCAGCCUGCUAUUUUGCGCGCUCAUCGGCGUGGCGGGAGGGCUGGGCGCAAUGCUCGCGAACAAAAACAAUGAAAUCGAAAGUCUCCGAUCGCUCGCGGACAACUCGACGAGCGCGACACCGACGGCCUCGCCGACCACCUCGCUAACUGCUACGCCGACUGCCUCGUCGUCGCUCGCCUUCGACCUUAGCCAGCCCGCCGAGACGGGCACGCCCAUCGGGCUCAACAAGUGCCCGGGCAGCGGCUCACAGCUGACGUACCAGGUGCCCGGAACGAACCUCACCUUCAGCAAGGACUGCGGCACCGACUACCCGUUCAACGACAUUGCCCGGGUGCCCGCCAAGAACUUUGAAGAGUGCGUGCGGUUCUGCGCGGCCUUCAGCCUGCAGCCGCAGUCCCGCAAGGGGCCCUGCAGAGGCGUUGUGUACAUCUCCCCAGGCGAGCAGGGCGCGGACUCAAUCUGGUGCUGGAUGAAGUACAACCAGAACACGGGGCAGAAGAGGGCUAAGGACUACACCGAGUCCGCCUGGAUACUGUGAGGCACGCAUAUUUCUGAGACGUGGACGGGGUAGAGAAAAAAGACGGAACUUGGAUGGGGUGCGUGGACGGAUGCAUAGAUGCAUUGGAGUGUAGCGGAUACCCAUUUGAUUGAUACUUAUUAGAAAAUCGAUGCGAACUUUGUGUUCCUGGCAGAGAGAGAGAGAGAGA